AUACUGUUCUACUUAAACAUGCCAUCUCCAUCAUCCGCUCCAAAAAUAUUACAAAGAGUCUCACCAUUCAUUGCUGUACUUUACUUGAUGAAUCGACAUGAUUCAAUAGUGUUUUUAAAAAAAUAAAACUUCUGUACAAUAAUCUUUUAUAACUACUUGAGCAUAUAAAAAACUUAUCUAUUAUGGAUGCAUCUCUUCUGAGAGAAUGGGCUCCUGUGAAUGAUAUUAUUAGUAAAAUUCCUUUACGAUGGCUUCGUGGCAUGUUCAUUACUGAUGUGUGUUUAACAUGCAUUGAUGCAAUAACAGAAUAUAUAGCAAUAGGAACGAAUGCAGGAUUUGCAAUCUGGUAUGAUAGGAAAAAAGGAGAUUUUAUUAGAUUAAAGUGCGAGGAACCCACAAAUCGUAUAACUGAGAUUAAAGUUGUCUCUAGUGUUGAAUAUAUGGUGGCAUGUGGUGCUGAUAAUGGCCUUAUUAGUGUUUUUUCUAUUCCUAAAGAAAUACCUGCUGACUUGGUACGAAAUGAAUUCAAAGCCAACCCUCCUGAAAGGUAUUGUAUAAGAGAUCUACAUACAUCUUCAAUAACUGCUUUAGAAUGGUCUAAAAAUGGAAUGAAAUUAUUCUCAGGAGAUAAAUCCGGCUGUGUAGUUUUAACAGAAAUAGAUUUUUAUAUGCAUAUAUGCAAAUCUGUAGAACUAGUUAAUGAAUCUUAUGAAAUCGUUCAAUUAUGUUUUAAUAAUCCAAAACUUAUAAUUUCUACUUCAUUUCGAACUAUAAUAACUGAACAAAAAACUUUAAAAUGGGAAGUUUUACAAAUUGGAAGGCAGGAUAGGAAAUGUUUAUCGAAAUUGGGUGCUACUUUCAUUCCAUCAUCUUAUUUAAAAGAACGGACAAGAAUAUAUAAUUGCAGACUUGGCCAUAGAUUAUGGGUAGCAAAACUGGAUGGCAGUGUCGAUAAAACAAUUUUAUUUAAAGAUAAAUUAAGGAAACCAAAAUUUACUGUUCCUUUGUUGAAUCCAAAACCAAAAAGUGGCAAAGAUUGUCUUGCUCUUCAGCCAGAACUACCAAAUUUUGGAAUAAUUAAACCUUAUGGUCCUUAUCUGCUGACUUAUAAUCAGCAAGUGAUGUAUUUAUUAGAUCCCAAUGGACCUGAAGUUUUGGCCGUCUUGACAGAGUUUAGAGAUAUACUUUCUGUGUCCAUAAUCGAUCAUGAGAUAUUUAUUCUUGAAGGGCCUAGAAGCCUUAUCAGGAUUUCUACAGCUCCUGAUGAUAAUAUAGUCAGAGCAGAUAAUAACAUUGCGUCUAUUUUAACCCCAAGUACAAUUUUAUCAAAAUUAAAUUCUAAACUCAAAACAUUUAGUAAGCAUUUAGAAGAUAAUGCCAUUGAUAGUGAAGAAGUAGUGAAAGCAGAAGAAUGCAUUGAAUUACCACCAAUAGAAAAACUGUCGUUUGAUGAGUUGCCUCUAUUAGAAGUAAAAGAGAAUAGCCAAGACCACUUUUCUCAAAAUUCAUUGCAUUAUACUAAACUUUGCACAUUCGACAAAAUAAAUAAUUUGGACUAUGAUGAGAAUAUAUUAUACAAGUCAGAAAUAAGAAAGAAAAGAAAAAUCAUACACUCUGAAGUGGAAAAUUCUGCUGAUGUAAAAACUUCCCUUGCCUCUAAUAAUAUGUCAAAAUCAGAAAGUAAUUAUCGCUCUAAUGAACUUGAACCUUUAAUUUUGAAAAAGAAUUAUACAAUACCAGAUCUAAGAAGUCCAACAUCAAUUUUAGAAGAUAUUAAAUAUAAAGAAAAUAAGCUAGCAAAGUUAUUGAAUUUAGAAAAAAUAACUAUUCCCCAAAAACAAAACACUGGUAAUGAAGAUAGCGAUAAGAAAUUUUUAGAAGAUUUUCAAAAAGUAUUGCAACUACCCCGUACUAAAUUAGAUACUUUAGAAAAUUGUAAAAGUUCCACAGAGGAAAUAUCUAAUGGACAUCAUUUACACAGCACUGAUGAUAGUAUGAUAGAUUCCCCUAAACAAUCUAAGACAAAUGAUAUUAAUUUUAAGGCUGAUGAAACAAUAAUCAGUGGAAAAACUCCAAAUGAAGAGACUGAUCAUAAAAAUCGAGUUGAUGAUGAAAGUUACAUUAAAAUUCCAAAUGUGAUAGAUAUUCCUGGUGGUUGGAAUCUGGAAAACAUUCAUAUAUCAUCUAAUAAUAAUAUAAAUGAUCUCGAUAAAAGUGAGCCUUAUGAAUCUCUUAAUACUAAAGAAAAUGAUUGGGAAUUUCUUUGA